GCUUCUUCACUCUCUCUCUCUCUCUGAUCUCUUAUGGCGAAAGACGACGUGACGGCGCGGGGGUUCUCCGGCAAGGACUACCAGGACCCUCCGCCUGCGCCGCUGAUCGACGCGGCGGAGGUAGGGAAGUGGUCCUUUUUCAGAGCCCUGAUUGCUGAGUUUGUCGCCACUCUCCUGUUUCUGUAUAUCACUAUCUUGAUUAUUAUUGGCCAUAGUAGCCAGUCUGACCCUCACCAACUUGGCGGCAACGCUUGCGGCGGCGUUGGCAUCCUCGGUAUCGCUUGGGGCUUCGGCGGCAUGAUCUUCAUCCUCGUCUACUGCACCGCCGGCAUUUCAGGCGGGCACAUAAACCCGGCGGUGACAUUCGGGCUAUUCUUAGCCCGAAAGGUGUCGCUGGUUCGAGCAGUGGCGUACAUGAUAGCUCAGUGCUUGGGAGCCAUAUGCGGAACGGGGCUGGUGAAAGCCUUACAAAGGGACUACUUCAACAGGUACGGCGGCGGUGCGAACCAGCUCGCCCACGGCUACAGCAAGGGCGCCGGCUUGGGGGCCGAAAUCAUCGGUACCUUCAUCUUGGUCUACACCGUCUUCUCCGCCACCGACGCCAAGAGAAACGCCAGAGACUCCCACGUUCCUAUAUUGGCUCCGCUCUCGAUUGGGUUCGCCGUGUUCAUGGUUCACUUAGCCACCAUUCCCAUUACCGGCACCAGCAUCAACCCGGCUAGAAGCUUCGGCCCCGCUGUCAUCUUGAACCGGGAAAAACCUUGGGAUGAUCAUUGGAUGUUCUGGGUUGGGCCUUUCAUCGGAGCCGCCAUUGCAGCGCUCUACCACCAGUUCGUUUUGCGGGCCGGCGCGGGUAGGAGCCACCCGUCCGUUUGAUCCCAUUUCUAAAGCCGAAAGUCAGCAUUUUCACAUUUUAAUUGGAGCCGUUUGUU